AUGGCUCUGAAGAAGAUGGAGGAGUUAAAGUCUCAGCUUGAGGAAUUGUUAAAAAAGCGUUGUAUCCAACCUAGUGUUUCACCUUGGGGCGCUCUAGUUCUGUUUGUGAGGAAGAAAGAUGGUAGUUUGAGGUUAUGCAUUGACUAUAUGGAGUUAAACAAGCUAAGAAUAGCUAAAGGGAAUAUGCAUAAAAUAGCUUUUAGAACACGUUAUAGACAUUAUGAGUUCACCAUGAUGCUUUUUGGGUUAACAAAUGCUCCAGCUGCAUUCAUAUGUUUGAUGAACCAAGUGUUUAGUGCGUACUUGGAUAAGUUCGUGGUUGUCUUUAUUGAUGACAUAUUGGUAUCAUUUUUGGGCCAUUUUGUUUCUAAGGAGGGUGCUUUGGUGGAUCCGGCGAAAAUAGAGGCAGUUCGAAGCUGGUUGUCACCAAAGAAUGUCACCGAAAUUUCACGAAUUGCUCGGUCUAUGACUUCGUUGAUGAAGAUAGAGAAGAAGUUCGAGUGGACUGACGAGUGUGAACAAGCCUUCAUGACUUUGAAGGAAAGGUUAAGUACGACCCCUGUUCUUAAUCUACCUGACCCUAAGUUGGAUUAUACUGUUUACAGUGACACAUCGAAGAAAGGAUUGGGUUGUGUACUGAUCAAUGCAAGAGCGAUCUACACUGAUCAUCAAAGUCUAAAGUAUCUCUAUACUCAGCCCGACUUAAACAUGCGACAACGUCGGAAGUCUAAUCACUCGCUGUCUGCCCUGGACGGAGUUGAAGAGUUGCAUCGGGAUUUUGCUAGAUUGAACUUAGAAUUGGUGCGUAAAGGUGAAUUUCAGGAAUGUCUGAAUGCUUUGGCUAUUCGACCUUCGUUCUUUGAAGAAAUUUUAAAUUCCCAGGAUAAAGACCCAAAACUGUUGAAUUUAAAGGAACAGGCUUGGGAAGGAAAAGCAGAGGGAUUCUUUGUUCAUGAAGAUGGAAGCUUGAGGUUCAAUGGUCGUUGGUGUUUAUCGACGGGGGAGAAAUCUUUGAAGGAACGUAUCUUGAAUAAAGCGCAUUGUACGAAAUAUUCAAAGGUUGAAAGUGAUUAUAAAAGACUAGGAGGUUUACUACAACCUUUGGAGAUACCGGUGUGGAAGUGGGAUGAUAUUUCUAUGGAUUUUAUUGUGGGUUUACCCCAAACGAAGGCAGGUAAUGAUGCGUUAUGGGUCAUAGUUGAUCGUUUGACUAAAUCAGCACAUUUCAUUCCUAUAAACUGUCGUUGGAAGAUGGAACAAUUGUGA